AUGCCGUCAGAGACGGAAGUGCCGCUAAGGCCGAAUUUCGUCCCUAGCCGGAAACCGCCAGACAGUGUCUGUUCGCUGGGUGGCUCGUCCAAUGCCUCCUCAGCCCGGUCCCGGUCUCAUUCUCGUACCCGUUACCGGACCAAGGCGGCUAGUUCAGAAGUGGAUGAGAGCCUCUUUGGAGUUGCCAAGAACAUUAAACUGCCCCGCACCGGCAGCCCCGUUGUGGUUCUUCACGACCUUACAUCAGUGAGGGGGAAGCCUCUCGGAUGGGGCCACAAGCCCGAGACGAUCCGCAUCAUUACUCGAGACCUCAUUCGGGACCUGGUCGUCCCCACGGUGGACCCCUCAGGAGAAUCCCUGAUCAUCAGCCCUGAGGAUUUUCAGCGCAUCAAGGAUUCCUCUCGGGUCCUGACUAAAGAGGAGCGUGAGGCUCGACUGGCAGCCAUCCGGGCAGAACGAGAAGCCACCAUAGUCGCCGUGAACGAGCGCAAGAAAUCCAUGAAGCUUAAGGAGAUCCUUCGGAAGAAGAACGAGAAGCUAAACGACCUGGAAGAGGAGGCCAAGGAGAGAGCGCAGUACCUCUUGGAACGGGCGACCAACCUCCGCAUGGAGCAGGAAGACGAGAUCAAGUCACUCAGCGAGAUCAUCCUGGAAGCCAAGUGCCAUGCCAUCCGUGAUGCUCAGAUCCUGGAGAAGAAGCAGAUUGAGAAGGAGCUGAACGAAGAGGAGAUGAGGUUAGCCCGGAUGAUGGAAGUGGAGAGGCAGAAGGCUAAUCACAUGCAAGAUGAUCUGGAACGCAAGAGAAAAGAAGAACUGUACAGAGGGAGGCGCCACAUCAUUCAGCAGAUUGAGAAAAAUGAGGAACUGCGAGCCAUGAAGGCUGAGCAACGUGACCAAGAGGCCCAGGACAUGCUGGACUACCUAGAACGGCUGCAGUUUGAAGAUGAAAGGGAAAUGGAGCGCCGCAGGUUGGAACAGUUGAGGAUCCAGGCUGAGAUCAGGAACAUCAAUGAUGAAAACCAGAGGCGCAAAGAGGAGAAAUUGAACCAGGAGAAGAUGGCUGACCUGCGAGUGCUGGAAUACCAGCGUCAGAAAAUGGCACGGGAGGCUGAAUUUGAGGCUGAACAAGAGAAGAUCCGUCGGGAGAAGGAAAUGGAGACAGCCCGUCUGCGGGCUUUACAAGAGAAAGCCCAGGAUCACCAGGCAGAGCAGGAUGCCCUGAGGGCCAAGCGUAACCAGGAGGCUGCAGAGCGCGAGUGGCGCCGGAAGGAGAAGAACGCCAUGCAGAAGAAGAUCCAGACGGAAGCCAUGUUGAAACAGAGCCGCCUGGAGCAGGUGUCCCAGAAGGAGCACAGUUUGGCUGUGCAAGUGCAACGGGACCGGGCUGAAUUCGAAAGGAUUGUCAGGAUCCAGCGCGAGCAGAUUGAGAAGGAGCGAAAGGAACACGAGCGGCGGGUGGCUCUCCAGCUGACCCACGCCAACGAGCUCCGGCGCCAGGUGCGGGAGCACCAGCAGAAGCAGGUCCAGGAGCGCAUCGCCAUCUUCGAGGAGGGCAAGCAACUCAAGGAGGAAGCCCGCCGGCGCAGCGAACGCCUCAACGAGAUCAAGCGGAGGAAGCUAGAUGAGCUCCGGUAA